UGCCAGUUUCCUGAGCUCUCUUCUACGGCUCUUCUUCUGUAUCCCUCGCCCCGCCCACUCUUCUACUACAACGUGUGUUUCUGUUUGCAGCAUGGCUUCUUCAGCUAAGAGGAGAGCAGUAGGUUUGGGUGAAAACCCCGCGGAAGAUGAUAUCAGCUCUGAUGAGAACCCCGAGGAUGAUGAGGAUGAGUCCGGGGAGGAUGACAGCGAGGGGUCGGAGGAGGAGAUCAAUGAGGAGGUGAUUGUGGACUUCGAAGCCCACACCAUUUCACACAAUGACUACAAUGGCGUCAAGAAGCUUCUACAGCAGGUUUUUCUGAAGGCGCAUGUAAACACAUCAGAGAUGACCGACAUCAUCAUCCAACAGAAUCAUGUCGGGAGCGUCAUCAAGCAAGCUGAGGUGCCUGAGGACAGUGAUGAUGACGACCCCGAUCAAGUGUUCGGCUUCAUCAGUAUGCUCAACCUUACAGAGAGAAAGGGUGUGCAGUGUGUGGAGGAGGUAAAGGAGCUGAUCUUGGACCAGUGUGAGAAGAGUUCUACCCACAGCAUGGCCGAACAGCUGGAAGAGAUCCUUGGUGACACCAGUAAGCCUGUGGGGCUCCUGCUGAGCGAGCGCUUCAUUAACGUCCCUCCACAGAUCGCCCUCCCGCUGCACAAACAGCUCCAGGAUGAAAUAGCUGAAGCUCAGAGGACGAAUAAGCCCAGUGGGAGAUGUCACUACUGUCUGAUGAUCAGCAAAACCUGCAAAGAGGCGAGCAAGACUAUUCCAGCCAGAGGAGGCGCUCCCAAAGAGGAGUACUUGUUCGUGAAUGCAGAGGAGGAAUUCUUUUACGAGCAAGCCAUCAUGAAGUUCCAUUACUCGGUCCAGGACGAAGCAGACUCCUGCCUGAGCGGGAGGUGGUCGUUCGAUGACGUCCCCAUGAAACCUUUCAGGACAGUGAUGCUGAUACCAGCGGACAGAAUGCCCGCCAUUAUGGACAAACUCAAAGAAUACCUUACUGUGUGAAGCCCCCAAAUAAACAGACAUGUUUCUACACAUGAAUACUUUUGAAAUGGUUCAGUAAAGAGACUGUAAAAGAAAUGCUUUUGUAUUUUUAAAGAAGAUAGUCAGUGAUGUAAACCUGACUUUAUUACAUUUUGGCAGUGAAGGUUUCCUUUUUGUGGGAAUUUUAGUGACACAGUUUUUACCGAUUAGUGUUUAACUUUACGAAAAAGGUAAAAAUCCCCACAUUCUGUUUAUACUUCAAAAUGAUAUAGCAGUACAAUCGUGAAUAGAAAUAUAAAUCUAGCUCUAACUCGUGUUUUUUACAAGCUUAGACUACUAAAUAUACACCUUUUACGUUAACAGAUGCCUCAUUCGCCUGAAAAUCUAAUAACAUAUUUGAAUUUUCCUUCAAGACAUCUUGGUAGAAAGCCAAUUCCACAUAUUUUUAAACAGAAGUCAUUUGUGAAAAUUACAUAAAUUGACCAGGCAUUUCUUUGGAUUUCUUGCCACUGAUUGUCAAUAAAUUAAAUCUGUGUCUGCA